AUGAUGGACUUAAUAUCACAAGAGAUAUUCACAUUACACGGCAUGCUGAUCGCCUCUAUAUUCAUCAUGUCCUGGGGAAUCGGCCUGUUAAUGACAUUAUCUCACAUGACGCCAUGGGUUCCCAGAAGGCGUGCAGAGUUUCUGGCGCCAGAAGUCGAAUACAGAGCCUCACCAGUGAAAGAAUUCACAAAACUUCUGGAACGAGAUAUAAAUGCUCCAAAGCGAUAUACUCCAUCGACUUGCUAUCUUUCAGUCAUUAUUCCAGCAAUGAAUGAGGCUGAACGAAUCGGAGUGAUGCUCGAUGACUGUUGUGACUACUUGGAAGCACGUGCCGAAAAAGACGAAAAGUUCACUUAUGAAAUCAUCGUCGUGGACGAUGGAUCAACAGAUAAUACUCCAGAUGUUGUUAAGCAAAUCAGUUUGACACGAAAGAAUUUGCGGUGCAUGAAGUUGAAAGCGAAUCGUGGAAAGGGCGGUGCAGUUCGAAUUGGAGUUCACAAUUGUGGUGGAAAGCUGAUUCUAUUCGCCGAUGCCGAUGGUGCCACUAAAUUUGAAGAUUUUGAACUUCUCGAGAAGGAGAUGCUGCGUGCUGCCGGUGGAGAACCUCUCGAUGAAUCAUUCCCAGCUGUAGUCGUCGGAUCAAGAGCUCAUCUCGCAGAGGCUUCUGUUGCCGAGAGAUCAUUCUUCCGAACAAUUCUGAUGCACGGAUUCCAUACACUCGUCUACUUAUUCGCUGUCAGAACUAUUCGGGAUACACAGUGCGGAUUCAAGCUUUUCACAAGAUCCAUUGCCGCGAGGGUUUUCCCAGUACUCCACAUUGAACGAUGGGCAUUCGACGUGGAACUCAUAUUCCUCUGCGAGAAAUGGUCGGUUCCAGUCAGUGAGGUGUGUGUACGUUGGAAGGAAAUCGACGGAUCGAAAAUCACUCCAUUCUGGUCGUGGCUUCAAAUGGGACGUGAUUUGAUUCUGAUUUGGUUCAGAUACACGAUCGGAUUGUGGACGGACGAGCCACCGAAAUGA